AAAACCGGAGCAUUCAAAUUUUCACCCGCCAACGGCAAACUAAAAAACCGAGGAAGAAACCGAGCAGAGAGCAAGAGGGAGAGACCAUGAAGUCCUCAAAAGGAAAGGUUCCAGUCGGCGGGAAGGCGAAACGGGUGACUGUGGUCCCGCACGGAGCAAGGAAGCAGAAAGAGAAAGACCCGGUCGAGGUCUUCUGCAGAGUGCGGCCUCUGAAGGAGGAGGAGGGAGAGUCCUGCAUGUCCAUAGUCAGAGACAACAGACUCCAAAUAGAGCCGCCCGAGAGCUCCCUGGCCUUCAAAUCAGGACAGAAGAACCCGACACAGCACACCUUCAAGAGAGUCAUCAACGGGACCUCCUCGCAGUCCACGGUCUACGACAUGGUGGGGUUUCCCCUCACCGAGCAGCUGCUGCAGGGAAAGCACGGCCUCCUGUUUGCCUACGGGAUCACCAACUCUGGGAAGACGUACACCAUGACUGGGGAGCCAGAUGCUCCGGGCAUCUUGCCGCGAUGUCUGGAUGUCAUUUUCAACAGCAUCGCUGAAGUCCAGGCUCCCAAAUUCGUGUUCAGACCUGAUGGAAGCAACGGAUUCAACAUAUUCUCAGAAUCAGACGCCCGUGUCGAGCAGUAUCGGAACCGCGGCAAGAAAGUCUCCCCCAGAAUGAGGGCGGCGGAGUCAGAGUUCAGCGAGAUGCUGCGUGUCCCGGACCAACGUAAGGUGACGGAGGGAGUUGAUGAGGAUAGUCAGUACGCUGUCUUUGUGUCUUACGUCGAGAUUUACAACAACUAUGCGUUCGACCUGCUGGAGGACACGCCUGUCGACUCAAUUGUUCCAAAACCUCCAAAAUCAAAGAAUCUCAGAGAAGACACAAACCACAACAUGUACGUCUCCGGGGGGACAGAAGUCGAGGUCAAAAGUACGGAGGAAGCCUUCGACGUCCUCCAGCGGGGCCAGAAGAGACGUCGGGUUGCCAUGACGACCAUGAACACUGAGAGCAGUCGGAGUCAUUCAGUGUUCACCAUUCGUCUGGUGCAGGCACCUCUCAACCACAGUGGGGAAGCGGUUAUUGAGGACAAAUCACUGCUGACGAUAUCUCAGCUGUCCCUGGUGGACCUGGCCGGGAGUGAGAGGACCACCCGGACGCACUGCACUGGCGACCGGCUCCGCGAGGCCAACAACAUCAACGCCAAUCUCAUGGUACUCCGGACAUGCAUGGAGACGCUCCGUGACAACCAGGUGGGGGGCGGGGCCACCAGGAUUGUCCCCUAUCGAGACUCGAAGCUGACCCACUUGUUCAAGAACUAUUUCGACGGGCAGGGACGAGUGGCCAUGAUCGUGUGUGUCAGUCCAAGCUCAACUGACUAUGAUGAAACCAUUCAUGUAAUGAGGUUUGCGGAGGUCACGCAGGAGGUCAUGGUCAGUCGACCUCAGGAGGUCAAGAAACAAGUCGGUCUGGCACCUGGAAGACAUAGAGCUAACAUGUUAUUCAAGGCAGCUCUAAAGGAGACCAGAGCAGUUGAGGGUGAUUCUACAUCAGGCCCACCAUCAAGUCAUCAACCAGUGAAGGAUGUACCUCAUCCUUACCUCCUCGCUCUCGGAGUUCUCUCAGUGCAGAAGUACCUGUCAGCGGAGUGUGGAGAGGAGAGUCUGAAGGAGUUCAGAGAAAGUCUGGAGAACAGAGGACGGGUUAGAUCCCAGCUCAUCGACGACCUCAAAAAGAAACAGCGGGCGUUCAGAGAGCAGUUGUGUGUGAUGGAGGGGCAGCUGGGGUCGCUGCAGACCUCGUGUGAGGAGCUGGGGACCCAGAGGAAGAACAGCGAGAGGAAGGACAAGGAGAACAACAGACUAAAGACUGUCAUCUCGUCUCAAGAUGAGAACAUUGCAAGACUGCAGGCCGAGCUGGAGAGGUGUCACGCGGCGACGAUGUCCAAGGGGCACGAGCUGUCGCAGGCCCUCCAGCAGGUAGCCAUGGUAACAGAGCAGCUGGAACACCUCUCGCAGGAGAGGGAGCUGCUGCUGAGGACCACGGAGAUGUACGAGGUUGAGAAGAGAGAGCUGCAGGACGAGUUGUCUCAGUUGCAGCACAGGGCAGAGCAGGAUGAGGAGGAGAAGGACAAGAUCAAGCAGAGGAUGACCGGGUUUGUCAGUCAGGAGAAAGAAAAGUUUGAGAGACUGGCUACACACAUGAAGACCCAACAGAGAGAUCUGCUGGCAAAGAGUGCCCAGAUUCAGCAGGUGAGCGGG